UCCCUGUACUAUUGGCACUUCCUUCUUCUCUCCAUAUAUACUGCCUUCAGCUUCAGCUCUCUCCAUUCUCUCAAUCCCCAUUCUCUUUUGAAGGGCAUUUCUCUUCUGUGGUGAGUUUAUCAGAAUUUUUCAGCUGAUAAACCAAACUCCACUUUUUGAGCUAUUAUUGUCACAUUUACAGCAGAAGAGAUCUGUAUAUUGCAUUUUAGCCUUGUGUUGUUGCAACCCUUUUGGUAAUUUUAGUGUAAGAGGAGAAAGAUUUCAAUGGAGAAAUUUGUGGGGCUCUGUUUUUCAAUGGCUCCCCUGUUUUUGUUGCUUGGGUUUGUUGCUCCUAUAGCAUUGGCCGGCGGCCAUGAUUACGGCCAAGCUCUGAGUAAGAGCAUUCUGUUCUUUGAAGCUCAGAGAUCUGGUUACUUGCCCAGAAACCAGAGAGUUCAAUGGAGGGGUAAUUCUGGCCUCAGUGAUGGAAAAAUCAGUGGGGUGGAUCUGGUCGGUGGUUACUACGAUGCAGGGGACAAUGUUAAGUUCGGGCUGCCGAUGGCGUUCACCAUAACCAUGAUGUCUUGGAGCAUUCUCGAGUACGGCAGGCAGAUGGGUGCGAGCGGUGAACUUGGGCAUGCUCUUGAUGCUGUUAAAUGGGGCACUGAUUAUCUCAUCAAAGCUCACCCAGAACCUUAUGUCCUCUAUGGAGAGGUGGGAGAUGGGAACACAGACCACUACUGCUGGCAAAGGCCCGAGGACAUGACCACCUCAAGAGCUGCAUACAAGAUCGACCCCAGCCACCCUGGAUCCGACCUCGCCGGCGAGACCGCCGCCGCCAUGGCCGCCGCCUCCAUCGUCUUCCGCCGCUACAACCCCUCCUACUCGGCGGAGCUCCUCAAACACGCCUACCAGCUCUUCGAUUUCGCGGACAAGUACAGGGGCAAAUAUGACAGUAGCAUCACGAUUGCACAGAAGUACUACCGAUCUGUUAGUGGAUACGCAGAUGAAUUGCUGUGGGCAGCUGCAUGGUUAUACAAGGCAACAAACAACCAGUACUACUUGAAUUACCUAGGGAACAAUGGUGAUGCACUUGGAGGAACUGACUGGGCCAUGACUGAAUUUGGCUGGGAUGUGAAGUAUGCCGGUGUUCAGACCCUUGUCGCCAAGUUCUUGAUGGCAGGGAAAGGUGGUAGACACACACCAGUUUUUGAGAGGUACCAGGAGAAGGCUGAGUUCUUCAUGUGUUCAUGCCUAGGCAAGGGCAGCCGCAAUGCCCAAAAGACGCCGGGCGGCCUCAUUUUCAGGCAGAGAUGGAACAACAUGCAGUUUGUUACCAGUGCUUCAUUCCUUGCAACAGUCUACUCUGAUUAUCUAAUCUCUGCUGGCAAGCCCCUCAGGUGCCCAUACGGCAAUGUCUCACCUGCUGAGCUUCUUUCCUUUGCUAAAUCUCAGGUUGAUUACAUCCUAGGAGAUAAUCCACGAGCCACGAGUUACAUGGUGGGAUACGGAAACAAUUACCCAAGACAAGUGCACCACAGGGCUUCCUCUAUCGUGUCGUAUAAGGUGAACCCUUCGUUCGUUAGCUGCAGGGGAGGGUAUGCCACUUGGUUUAGCAGAAAGGCAAGUGAUCCAAAUCUGCUUACCGGUGCAAUCGUUGGUGGCCCUGAUGCUUAUGAUAACUUUGCUGAUCAAAGAGACAACUACGAGCAAACUGAGCCCGCCACUUACAACAAUGCUCCGCUUCUCGGGAUAUUGGCAAGGCUUCAUGCUGGUCACAGCGGCUACAAUCAGCUCCUUCCAGUGGAGCUUCCUGCACUUAAACCGGUUGCUGGUAAUCCAAAGCCAGUGGUAAAACGUGCUCCAGCUUCAUCUGCCAGCCCAGUUGCUAUUACCCAGAAGUUGACAGCUUCAUGGGUUCACAACGGAAAAACUUACUACCGAUACUCAACGACAAUCACCAACAAAUCUUCCAAGAACUUGAAGAACUUAAAGCUUUACAUAUCAGAGCUCUAUGGUCCUCUCUGGGGUCUGACAAAGUCCGGUAAUUCUUACUUCUUCCCAGCAUGGAUCAACACUUUGGCUGCUGGAAAAAGCAUCGAGUUCGUGUACAUCCACUCAUCCUCACCAGCUAAGGUCUCAGUAUCAAACUACAAUCUUGUCUAAAACAAGCAACAUUAAGCUAUUAAUCAAACUUCACUCAGUUGCAUUGGGUUGUGAUCAAGAAUUGUGCAGCUAUACAAGACACGGUCCAGAACGUCUUUCUCUGUUUAAAACUUACUUUAAGUUUCAAUUCCCAGUUGAUUUGUGAUCUGAGUAGGGAUUUAAGAGGAAGUUAGAGUAAAUAAGGUCGAGAAACGGAGGAAGAAAGGAGUGAAGAGACAGAUUUAAAACAGGUGCUCAUCCUCUUUCUUCUCUUCACCAGUUACAGAAUAGGUUCUGUGAGUGAUCGACAGUGAAAAGAGUGGGGAAUGAGAAGUAGUGAACAAGAUUCUUAACUACUUCUCAACAAAAGUGAUGAGUCUUUUUUUUUUCGCUUAUUUGUACUUUCAUAGCAGGCUUGAGUUGAGUUUCUUUUAUGUUUUGAUGUUGUAAUCUUUACAACAUUUGUUUUCAA